AUGUGGGUCUCUGCAAGAGAGUCGGUAGGAAUCGGGGUGAAUGGACAAACAGAUGAACAUGUGGACGAGUAUUUGAGCUGCAUGCUGAAAAACUACAGCGGUUCAAAAAGAGAUAUUCAGCAGACGAAGUGCUUGUGGUCGACCCUCGUCGCCAACGAAGUCAAGCUGCUAAUCUACCUAUCCGCAGUUCGCCUUAUCAUGAUGUACAGAUCGGUGACUUGUGCCGCAUCAGCAACGAUGGUGGAGAAAUGGGUCGACUGCGAGAUGUAA